GGAGGGGAAGGGCUGGGCGGAGAUGGGCUGGGAGGCCGGGGAGGAGAAGGAGCCGGUGCAGGGCUGGGCGGCCGAGGAGGAGGAGCAGGUGGCCGGGGAGGGGAAGGGCUGGGCGGAGAUGGGCUGGGAGGUCGGGGAGGAGAAGGAGCCGGUGCAGGGCUGGGCGGCAGGGGAGGAGGAGCAGGUGGCCGGGGAGGGGAAGGGCUGGGCGGAGACAGGCUGGGAGGUCGGGGAGGAGAAGGAGCCGGUGCAGGGCUGGGCGGCCAAGGAGGAGGAGCAGGUGGCCGGGGAGGGAAAGGGCUGGGCGGAGACGGGCUGGGAGGUCGGGGAGGAGAAGGAGCCGGUGCAGGGCUGGGCGGCCGAGGAGGAGGAGCAGGUGGCCGGGGAGGGGAAGGGCUGGGCGGAGACGGGCUGGGAGGCCGGGGAGGAGAAGGAGCCGGUGCAGGGCUGGGCGGCAGGGGAGGAGGAGCAGGUGGCCGGGGAGGGAAAGGGCUGGGCGGAGACGGGCUGGGAGGUCGAGGAGGACAAGGAGCCGGCGCAGGGCUGGGCGGCAGGGGAGGAGGAGCAGGUGGCCGGGGAGGAGAAGGGCUGGGCGGAGACGGGCUGGGAGGUCGGGGAGGAGAAGGAGCCGGUGCAGGGCUGGGCGGAAGGGGAGGAGGAGCAGGUGGCCGGGGCGGAGAAGGGCUGGGCGGAGACGGGCUGGGAGGAGAAGGAGCCGGUGCAGGGCUAGGCGCCAGGGAGGAGGAGCAGGUGGCCGGGGAGGGGAAGGGCUGGGCGGAGACGGGCUGGGAGGCCGGGGAGGAGAAGGAGCCGGCGCAGGGCUGGGCGGCAGGGGAGGAGGAGCAGGUGGCCGGGGAGGGGAAGGGCUGGGCGGAGACGGGCUGGGAGGCCGGGGAGGAGAAGGAGCCGGUGCAGGGCUGGGCGGAAGGGGAGGAGGAGCAGGUGGCCGGGGAGGGGAAGGGCUGGGCGGAGACGGGCUGGGAGGCCGGGGAGGAGAAGGAGCCGGUGCAGGGCUGGGCGGCAGGG